UCAGAAUUGUAUCAAUUGUUUAUUUAAAGUUUACUCAAACCGAUUGAUGAAUUAUCAAAAUAGUUAGUGAAUAAUAGUUAAUCUAAACUAAUCGAUUCAUUUUUGCAGCUCUAAUUGUGAUCUAGGCAUCUUGGGCAAUGUGAUUCCCACCCCUACUAUAAUCAUCAAUUGAUGAUGAUCUGUGUUCACUUCACUUUCAAUUUUUAGGUUCAAGUCUGCCAAGUAUGCCCCCAUCAAUUGGGGUGAUGAAGGACAGGCAGUAAAGGAAUUGAUGUUGGCCAUAUUUGGGAGAGCACUUUUCACUAUUCACAGUAGGGAUGUAAUGCCUUCUCUGUAAAGGAGCUGAAGUAACAAUCCAAGAAAGGCUUAUAAGAUGUAUAAGACAGAAGCACACUAAGCUUCAUUAGAGCCAUCUAUGACAUUCUUACCCAGUAACCAGUAGCUUGCAAAGGACCCAUUGAUUAUUUUCCCUUUGACAAACACUAGCAACCCUACAGCACAUACCCAAGUGCUGCAAGGCCAGCCUCAUCCAAGGAGACUACACCUGGAGGCAUAACCAGAUGCUUUGGCAACUUGGGCUGGUGCUAAAGGAAAGAAGGACUAACAACAAUGCCCUCUUUCGCAACCCUGGGCCUUUUGGAAGCAGGAAAAAUAUCAAAGAGGGCAACUGCAGGAAAGAAAUCAAGCCUCAUGAAUGCACUCCAAGACUGAGAGAUGAUGGUGGAUCUAGACCAGAGAUCUUUAUAACUAGUCCCAAGCCAUAUCAGAUCUGUGUUCAGCCUCACAAAAAUGUUGGUGCUGUUGGUGUUACAGAGGAAUGCUGUUUAUGAACAGAACAACUGUAGCCUAAUCCAAUCUAGCAACUGAAGCAACACAAAAAGGCUUGAAAACACAUUGACAUUUGUGGCCAUGUCAAUUUGUCAACUACCAAACUUCUUAAAGGGACAUGAGUCUGAGGGCAGAUCCCUGACAUGGUUUGAGGUUGCUAUAUGAGGCUUCCCAGUGAAGCAGCAACUGGCUCUGGCUACUGGCAGUUUACUCUGAUGCCCUAAAUGUUUCCAGAUGGAAAAAUCCUGAAUUUUCCUGUAUGAAGUUCCCUCAGAGACAGCGGCAGUGGAGUCACCUUUUGUUGGUCACGUCCCUCGUGUUCCAUUAAAGAGGAGCAAAUAUGGAGAAAGGAGUGAAAUUUCGACACCUGAAGCCUGACUUCGCCAAACUGCGGGAUAUAUCAUCUCAUCUCAUCAGUAAGAACCUGGUCAAGAUCAAACCAGAUGGUGUGGGUGGUGUCAACCCACCUGAUCUGCCCUCAGAAGAGAAAAGUCGACCAGAGAGUCCUCGUCCUUCAACCUCUAACUGUGAUCAGACAUCACACUGGCCAGAUGAAGAGGUAGAUGACAAUGAGCCACAGCAACCUGUAAUACGAGGGGUAAAGGAUAGGAGUGAGGAGGGCGAUAUCACCAUUUUCGUGAUAGACCAUGAUGAUGUUCCUGAGAUUUCAAAAGCCCCAAAAGGCUUUGAAACUGAGACUGGCAAACCUAAAUCACCACUGAAACAACCUUCAAAGAUACCAAAGAAACCACAAAUACCUAUCAUUCCGGCGCAACCUCUCCGAAGGAGAGGAAAAGCUUACCAUGUGACUCAGACAGCAAAUGUCAAAACGAAUAUCAAAGCGCAGGUUCAUACUCCAAGCACUUCCUGUGUCAACAACCCUGCCAUUGUUCCCACUAAGAAUGUCCAAGACUCGUCAAUUGGGGAGUUCUCGAGAUUGAGUAGGCGUAAAAGGAUGGCUUCUGAACAAUCUGAGGAUUCCUUGGAAUAUUUGAGACAGCUGCGCCGUCAUGGCCAGGAGGGGCAGGAGGUGAAGAAAUUUAAACCUGCCUCUACCCGUAAGAAAAAGGGCAAACAUUUAAAGAAGCUGCAGCUAGAUCCUCAGGAAAUGCAGUUCCACAAACUGAACCGUGAUCAGCUACAGAAGGCGACUGCAACUCCCUUGUCUCCAACUAAGCAUACCAAGAAAGCCAAACCUUGUGUCAGUGAAGGAGAAAAGCAUGUGAUGAGUGAUGAGAAAAAGGGUAAUAAUACUGUUUCAAUACCUGGAGAACAACCUGUUCAGUCUCUCUCUUCACCCCAACCUCCAACAUUACAAAGAUCCACCUCCUUGCACGAAAAGGAUGAGUCAUUGAAAGCUGGCAUGUCUUCGAUGUUGACCACCACAAAGAUAUUUAGCCCUAGUUCACGCAAUGAUACACUGAUGAAAGAUAUGACGAAACUCACACCUUCCAAACCAAAGAUGGGCCACCAAGCCCACAUGCCUCUGCCACUUGUACCACCACCACGACUUCCAUCAGCUCAGCCUGAAUUCAGACACCCUCCCAUACCCAAAGUCCCACCUUUUCCCCCUCAAUCUGAUAAGCAAGUCUACGAAACCUUUCCACAGCCACCCCCCAUAGACAAGAGGUAUCCCCGCACUGAAGCAUUUACGUCAUCAGGGAGACAGAAGGCGUCCAUUCUCAAGGAAAAAAUUCUGAAAUGGAAGUACAGCUUUUUUAAGGACUAUGAGCAGUUUGGUCCUCCAGAGGCUCUCUGUGAUCUGCCACUAAAGCUGGUAUCACGGACCUUUCAAUCAUUUAAAGACUAUUACGACACAUUUUUCCCACUGCUGCUUACCAACACAUUUGAGGAGCUGGUCAGUGAGUGGCUGAGGGAGGACCGGGUCAAACUGAAGCUGAUGGUUCAGUCUGUUGAUGACGGGUCUUUGGAUACUGGCCUCUUCACUGUCACCAAUGCUAAUUUUACUGCAAAUCUCACACCCCAGCAGGAGUCUCAACAGUUCUACCCAAAAGAGGACGACGUUGUGAUCCUAUGGCUCCCACAAAACACGGCUUCAAAUACUUACUCGCACUUCAACGAUGAACACAAACCAGAUGAUUGUGAACCACAACCACACUUUGGUGUCGUAUCCCACAGUGAAGUUACAGAUUUGAGGCGAGAGCUGAAACUGAAAGUACAGACAUGUGGCAGUGUGUUGUCCGUUGACAAGCAGCAGGUAGAUUGUGAGGUGAUUGGCAGUAUACGGAGUGCCAUGCUGGAGCUCAAUGCUCUGUGCCACAUUCGCGACAAUGCCCUAAUCCACACAAUCCUGGCACCAGAUAAGCACUUUGCACAUGUCCUACCAGAUUCUGAAUCCAUGUUUGAGAGAUGCAAUACCGACCAGGCUAAGGCCAUAAAUUGUGUUCUUUCUAUGGUGAUGAGUGAACAGCCAACCCCCCAAAUAUGUAUGAUCCAUGGGCCCCCUGGAACUGGCAAGAGUCACACCAUUGUACACCUACUCUAUCAAUUGUCACAGAAGUUUAGUGCAGCGGACCCCACUGGGCAAAAGCCUUGGCACACACUCGUCUGUGCUCCUUCCGCUGCUGCAAUCGACAAUCUAAUGGAGAAAAUCAUUGUCUUCUUUCGAAAAAUAAAAAGCAAAGAUGGAAGGCGCAGAGGCAACUGUGAAGGUGUUAAUCUGGUGAGACUGGGCAGUGAGAAAAACAUCUCUGGGCUAGCUGAAGUUCAGUUUGCACCUUCUAGCCAAACGGCGAAUAGAGUGGGAUAUGCAGGAGAUUGCAACUUUGGCGCAGAGGAUACAGAACCUGAACGAAAUACAUGGCAACUCCCAAACUCAAGAGAAGCGUAACAAAGUGCUGGGGAAAAAAAUACAACUGGAGGAAAGGAGGAAGACACUCUGUGACCAAAUGAAAUGGUGCAAUAGCGGGAAAGAAAACGUGCAGCGGCUCAUACUGCAGGAGGC